CCGGGGGAGCGGGCGGGGGGCGGGAGCCGGCGCGGCGGCGGCGGCGGCGCGGAGCGGAUCGGCGGAGCGGAGCGCGGCCCCGGGCAUGCUCCCGGAGCCCAAGUAUGACCGCUUCCGCGACGAGCCGCUGACCGCCCCCAUGCCGUCGCCGGCCCCCGGGCCCUGCCCCGCGGCGGGCGAGGAGCCCGAGCCCGGCACCACCUUCUGCGCGCUGCUGCCGCGGAUGCCGCAGUGGAAGUUCCCGGGACCCGCCGGUUUCCUCGGCCGCGGCCCCGCCGGUGCCGGCCGGGAGCUCUCGGCGCCUGCCCGGGGAGGGGGCGGCGGCGGCGGCGGCGGGGCGGCGGCGACGGGGACCCCCUCGGCGCUGGCCGCCGUGUUGGGCGCCUGCGAGCCGCUCUGCGCCGCGCCCUGCUCGGGGCCGGGCGGCGGGCGGGCGCGGGGGGCGGCGGCGGCGGCGGCGGCGGGGCGGGCGCGGGGGGCGGCGGGGGCGGCCCGGCCGAGCGGGGAGGAGUGGAGCCGCAAGGGCAGCUUCAUCCGCAAACCGGCGCAGGGCUGGCUGCACCCCGACGAGAGGGUGAUGGGGCCCGGCGUCUCCUACAUCGUCCGGUACAUGGGGUGCAUCGAGGUGCUGCGCUCCAUGAGGUCCCUUGACUUCAACACCCGGACACAGGUCACCAGGGAAGCCAUCAACAGACUGUAUGAGGCAGUGCCAGGCGUGAAGGGCAUCUGGAAGAAGAAGGCUCCCAACAAAGCCCUUUUCUCCAUCCUGGGCAAGAGCAACCUCCGCUUCGCUGGCAUGAGCAUCGCUGUCAACAUCUCCGUCGACGGGCUGAACCUCAUGAUCCCCACCACGCGCCAGAUCAUCGCCAACCACCACAUGCAAUCCAUCUCCUUCGCCUCCGGCGGGGACACGGACACCACGGACUACGUCGCCUACGUCGCCAAAGACCCCAUCAACCAGAGAGCCUGCCACAUCCUGGAGUGCUGCGAGGGGCUGGCGCAGAGCGUCAUCAGCACGGUGGGACAGGCCUUCGAGCUGCGCUUCAAGCAGUACCUGCACAGCCCCCCCAAGGUGGUGGCACCCCCAGACAGGGCGCUGGGUGCGGAGGAGUCGGCGUGGGGGGAGGACGAGGAGGCGGCCGAACACGAUUACUACAACAGCAUCCCGGGGAAGGAGCCACCCCCGGGGGGGCUGAUCGACUCCCGGCUGCGGCACGGCGCAGGCCUGGGCCACGUCCACGCUCAGCCCUCCGGCUCCGGCCCCCCCAGCCAGGGUGGCUUCGCAGCCAGGCGAGACCAGAGCAGCCAGCCGGGGCCGCCAUGGGACCUGGAGAGCCAGGGCCAGCCCUGCGAUGGGUACCUGCAGGCGGACGGCCACCCCCUGGGCCCGCGGGACUACGAGGAGCACAUGUACGUGAACACGCAGAGCCUGGACGCCUGGGAGCCGGAGGCGGCGGCUCGUGGGGCGCCGGAGGAGAGCCCCAAAAAGGACCUCUUUGACAUGAGGCCCUUCGAGGAUGCCCUGAAGCUCCACGAGUGCAUCGCGGGGGGCAGCGCCAGCCCCCCCAUGGAGGACCAGUGGCCGAGCCCCCCCACGCGGAAGGCCCCCAUCGCCCCCACGGAGGAGCAGCUGCGGCGGGAGCCGUGGUACCACGGGAAGAUGAGCCGUCGGGACGCCGAGAGGCUCCUGCAGACGGACGGGGAUUUCCUGGUGCGGGACAGUCUCACCAACCCGGGGCAGUACGUGCUGACCGGGAUGCACAGCGGGCAGCCCAAGCACCUGCUGCUGGUGGAUCCUGAAGGCGUGGUGAGGACCAAGGACGUGCUGUUUGAGAGCAUCAGCCACCUCAUCAGCCACCACCGGCAGAACGAGCAGCCCAUCGUGGCUGCGGAGAGCGAGCUGCACCUCCGCCAGGUUGUCCGGAGGAAGCAGUGAUGCCGGGGGGGUACGUGAGCCCCCGACCCCCCUCCCCUGGCGCCAGACUGGCCCCGGCGCCAGAGCAAAGCCGGGGCCCCUCCGUGCUCCCCUCCUCCGGUUGUGCCUGGCCUUGGAGAGGGGCAAAGUCCCCAAAACCCCGGGGUUGGGCUCCCCAUCCCCCUCCCCAGCGGGGCCUCGCGGUCCCUGGCCCCAAAGGCCCCCCCCUCCCCCCCACUGCCUCCCCUCCACCGUCCGCAUGCGGCCCCUUGCCCAGCCGGACACAAAGACAUUUAUUCCAUGUGUGGAGGCAAAACGCUGCCGGGGUGGGAGCGGGUGGGCAGCCUUGUCGAGAGGGGCUGAGCCCAAACCCGGCCACGGCGGGGCUGGGUGGGCAUCGCUGUGGGGCUGCCCCCUCCCCUCCUGCCCGGGGCCCUACCUGUGUAGGGCUGUGUGCCCCCCCCCCCCCCCCCACCGCUGGUACCGCCAGAACCCACUGCCUCCCCCAGUGCCAGCUCCAUCCCAGAACUGGUCUCUGGAUGAUGAUGGAGCAAACAGGGUCAGGGCUGGUGCCAGGACCCCCAUCCCAGGGCUCCCGGGGUGGGAUGGGGCCAGAAAGCUUGGGGAGUGUGAGUGUGUGAGUGUGUGUGUGUGUGAUUGUGUGUGUGUGAGUGUGUGCACCCGUGUGCGUGCACAGGUACGUGAGGGGCAGCCGGGGGACCAGCCCCUUGCCCACAGAGCCGUGCCUCUCGCCCAACGCCGCUGCUCAGGACCCAACUCCCCGCCUCCUUCCCCCCGCCAUCUGGGAGUCCCCCCAGCCGUGGGGUCCCCCAUCCGCGGGGGCUGUACCCCCCCCGGCUUAGCUCUGGCCGUGGGACUGGCCACAAACAUCUCUUGGAGGCCGGUGCUGCUGGAUGUCCCUGUCGCUCCCACAUUUCCAGCUGGAUUCUCCCCAGGAACUGCUGCCGCGUGAGGCUCCCGGUGGCGCUGAGCCCCCGCAGCCCUCCCCGGACCCGGGCCAGGACGAAGCUGCUGCAGGGAAGGCGCGGGGUGAGCUGCUGGCACUGGCUCGGGAGGCCAGGGCUGCCGGCAGGAGAGGGGUCCCACGGCCCCCAGGGAACCACCCCCCCCCCCGGCCGGCUCGGGGCUUUGGCAGGUUUUUACGGCAUACAUGUCCCCUUCUCCAGUGUGUCUGGCUCUGGGUGCGGGGUCGUGGUUUGGAAUACGUUUCUAAUUAAACCUGGAAAUGAGCAAAGUGGCCGGGUUGUUUGUGCCACCCCCCCGGGCACGGUGCUGGCACGGGGGCUCCAUGGGGCCAGGGAUGCAGAGGGGGCCGGGACGGUGUCUCCAUCACCACCAGCUCCUGGCUGGUUCCAUGUUGGUGGUGGCAGCCAGCCCCAUCCUGGCUCGUCACACUUGUCUCUGCCACCCUGGGUCACCUUGUCCCACUUCGGCAUCUGGGUCACCCCCGUCCCCCCAGCUCCGGAGGGGGCUGCAGCACCCGGGGCUUGGCCCUGGGGCGCUGAUCCUGCAUGGCAUCUCCUCCCUGCACCCGGCAUCUCCUCCCUGCACUCGGCA